AUGACACAGGUCAACACCCCCUCGAAAGUCAACAUUCAGAUGCCGGAGCAGAUGCUCUACAACAAUGGCGAAUCCGUUGUCAAGAAGUCCAGCGGCCUCACGCGAGUCCGGAAGGGCCAGAGCGAAAAGGAGUAUCUCUCCCAGAGAGACGCUUUCUGGACAACGGGACCGCUCGUGCAGAACCACACCUUUGUCACCCAGUACGUGGAGGAUCUGUUUGAGCACGAAAUUGACAGCACGGACUUCUCCGUCACAGAGCAGUCAAAGCACAACAGAGAGACCAUCAUGCACGGUCUCGAGAGAUUGUACUUCCAGCGGCAGUACGAACAAUGCUUGAAGGACAUCGGGAAAAUCAAAGACAACAUCCAGCUGCAUGAUCCGGACCUCGAUCUCCAGGCAAAGAAAAACAGAAACAUCAAACGCAUCCUCUCCGAACUCGAUAACAUGUCCGAAAUGUGCGUCCAGAAACUGCAUCUGCGAAACCAAGAAAAGCUCAACAGCAUAUGA